AACGAUGUUUAUUAUCCAGGAUAUCCUGGUUUACCCCUUCCUCAUCCUGGACACACUGCCCUAGAACAGGAUCCUGGAUACGCCCACCCAUAUCUACCAGGAUUGGACACGCAAAUUCAGAUAAAGGAUUUCCUUUGGACAGGUUCAGGAGAUGGAGAACAGGAAUAUGUUGCAAUUGAUUCAUCUAACUCAAGAGCAAUUGGGUCGGGAGAAUCGUCCGCAGCAAUUGGUCCGGUCAACACGACAGCAUACACGCCACUAGGGUCUGCUGGUAGACAUACUCAGACAAGAAAUCUACAAGAACAAGACAGAUCUUUUGGGUACCUUGACAAAAACAGUAUCGAACUCUACAGUUCUACUCCCAUGCAAGAUGGGGUCACCUCUACAGGUUACUACGAUAUGCCACACCCAGAGUUUUUAAUCAGGACGGUUAUCAGAAACGGUUCCGACUUGUUGAAGGGUGGCGUGGAUAUCCAAAGUUUCAAGGAAGAUAUGGAAGAGAGGUUAACUAGAACCUAUAGGCAGGCAUACAGUACGUUAGAGAGAAGAAGACGAUCAAUCCAUUUCCGGGAAAAAAGAUCAGAUGCAGAGAAGGUUCGUGUCAGAAUUCAUAACAUCCGGUCUGCACUUCCGGAACCGGAAAUUGAAAUACUGUACACAGUUUAUGAAAAUGACGAGCAACCUGUUCUUGCAGCUGAAGCUGUUAAGCGUGUUGAUGCUAAUGUUGACAAUGAUGACGCUGUUCUCCUGCUUGGACAUCCACUCAAGAUUAAGGCUGAACCCUACAUGAAAAAGUUUGAGGUUGCUUCUCCUCGGGCCUCCAAGGAUUGGUUGAUCGCAUCUGUAAUUCUAGCUGUAUUUCUGGCUCUACUUCUUAUUUGGCUCUUGGUCAUUGUAUACAGACAGUAUUGGAGAAAGAAACAGAAGCAUUCUAUCCUUGAAUCUAUAAGUUCCAAUUCUAAAGGGAACUCCCCCAGUGCUCCGAGAAAAUCCCCAACUCCUUCACAGUUUGUAGAAGGGGGCGGGUUUACCCUGGACCGCCCUAGACCCCAAACCAACUUAAUCCUUGAGACCUCAGAUCCGUUCAAUGAGCACCAUCAGAAAUCCGGGAUAUCCACUGAAAAUAUCACAAAAGGAAGAGUCCGGCUGGCUUCCUACGAAAGUGAUGAAAGAGGAAAUAAGAGUGAUGGUGAGGGGAUGGCAGAUCACAGCUCUAAUAAUACACCAGACCCAGGAAAGAGAAAUAAGAAAGGAGGGAAGAAAAGGGAAAAAAGAAGAAGAAAAGGAGGAGGAUUGAGCACCUCGGAAGAAGAAUAUUCAGAUUCAGCAUUUCCGGUCAAAACUCCGGAAAAUCUCAAGGUACUAGAUGACCUGUUAGAGGAGGAUCUGCCCCUGCCUGGAGAAAGUGGGCGUGGCAACCUUCAUCCAGGAAAUCCAGGUUGGGCGUACCUUCCAGAUUCACCAGAUUUGAACUGGGAGGAGACAGCAAGAAGAGUCCAAGAGGAGGCUAGAAAAUAUGAGGUUAUUCAUCAUUAA